AUGGAAAGCAAAACUGACUUCCCGUGUAGUGCUCACUGUCUCAUCUCAUCCAUGGCUUCUGGAGCUGUUUUCAGUUUGUCUGAUUCUAGUCUUCUCAAGAUCAUUCAAGGUGACAUCACUGAGUGGUCAGUGGAUGCGUCAUCUGAUGCUAUUGUCAAUACAGCAAAUAAGCGAAUGCUAGGUGGUGGUGGCGUGGAUGGAGCAAUACAUAGAGCUGCGGGGCCACAGCUGAGAGCAGCAUGCUUUGACGUCCCUGAAGUCCGUCCUGGAGUUCGUUGUCCAACUGGUGAAGCAAGAAUCACUCUGGGUUUCAACUUGCAUGCAUCUCAUGUAAUUCAUACUGUUGGACCCGUCUAUGAUUCAGACGUCAACCCUAGAGAAUCCCUCACCAGUUCUUACACAAAUUGUCUUAUAGUGGCAAAGGAAAAUAACAUCAAGUACAUCGCAUUUCCUGCCAUAUCUUGUGGGGUUAAUGGAUAUCCUAAAGAUGAAGCUGCUAUGAUUGCUAUAUCAAUAAUCAAAGAGUUCGCCAAUGACUUUAAAGAGGUGUAUUUUGUUUUGUCCGAGGAUGAUAUUUAUAACGUGUGGGUAAACAAAGCAAAUGAGUUGCUACAAGAAGCUUAA